CAGAAAAAACAGACGAUAGGCUUACACUGAUGAAUCAAGUAAUCACUGGACUGCAAGUAAUUAAAAUGCCUCCAUCAACUGGUACAGGCAUCAGUCUGCAUUCGUCGUUUGCGAAGAUUCAUGUUGCACGCUGAAAUUAGCAAAACAACUCAUCAGAAUCUACGCGAGCCAGUUCAGAUAGAUUCAUUCGCACUUCGUAUGACCAACGUAAAUGCCAAGUGGCACAGCGACAGUAAAGACAAUACGUUGCGUAAUAUAAAUUUGACUCUGCUUCCUGGAAGCUUCGUGGCUAUCGUCGGUCAAGUGGGUUCGGGUAAGAGCAGUCUGUUGCAAGCGAUACUCCAGGAGUUACCGUUGAUAAGUGGAAAUAUCGAGAGUCGCGGUAGAAUAAACUACGUAAGCCAGCAACCGUGGAUCUUUGCUUCAUCCGUGAGGCAGAAUAUUCUCUUCGGACAAGCGAUAGACAAGUCACGUUACGACCAAGUGAUCAGAGUCUGCCAGAUGGAAUCGGACAUAGACUCCUUUCCUCACGGUGAUCGCACCAUCGUGGGUGAAAAAGGAAUGAAUUUGAGCGGUGGUCAACGUGCGAGAAUCAACCUGGCGCGAGCGAUCUAUAAAGACGCCGAUAUUUAUCUGUUGGACGAUCCUCUUUCUGCUGUAGACUCGCACGUUAGCAAACGUCUCGUCGACAGAUGCAUCUGCGACUAUCUAAAGGGAAAAACGAGGAUUCUCGUGACGCAUCAACUGCAAUAUCUGCAAAUCGCCGACCUGAUUGUUGUAAUGAGCAACGGUAGUAUCGAGCAAACCGGUACUUUUGACCAAUUACAAGCGUUAGGCCUCGAUUUUAUGAAGUUGGUGAAGGCGGCAGAUGCAAAGUGCAAGGAAACUGAAAAUAAACAAUCCGAAAUCCAGCGUCAAAUUUCUAUGAAAAACGAAGCCAAAAGUGAUAGGAAUACUUCGCCGGUUGAGACACAAGAAACCAUGGCGAAGGGUCGCAUAUCUCGCGGAAUGUUCUUCGCUUAUUUUAAGGCGAGUAAGAAACCUGUCAUGAUCGCAUUGAUGAUGUUGAUCUUCCUAGCGAAUCAGAUGGUGUCCAGUGGUAGCGAUUACUUUGUCGCGUUCUGGGUAAACAUCGAAUCGAAUUCGUGGCACGAGAUGGACAACACCACGAUGGAAUUUGUAUGGGAGGGUCCAUUAUCUCGCGAUUCUAUGAUCUAUACAUAUAGCGCGAUGAUAGUGGCCAUCAUACUGCUAUGGCAAUUCCAAACAGUUGUAUACUUCAAUGUUUGUAUGUGGUCUUCGGUAAAUUUACAUUCCGCUAUGUUUCGAAGUAUUUUACGUGCAACUAUGUAUUUCUAUAGUGUUAAUCCAGCUGGCCGCAUAUUAAAUAGGUUUGCCAGAGAUAUCAAUAUUGUCGAUUUAUUAUUGUCAAUGUGUAUAUUCGACAUCAUAGUAAUUGGACUUAUCUCAAUCACGGUAGCAAUUAUGAUCAUAGCGGUUACUCCAUGGUUGGCGAUACCCACGCUGAUUUGUGCCUGCAUCUUCGCUUACCUUCGCACGAUAUACAUUUGCACUAGUCGCAGUAUUAAGCGCCUCGAAGGAACAACACGUUCACCAAUCUUCGAUCAUCUCGGAGCAUCUCUGCAAGGCCUGACGACAAUCAGAGCCUUCAAUGCCGAGAAAAUAUUAAUGGCGGACUUAUGCACUCAUCAAGACCUCCAUUCGUCCGCCUGCUUCCUCUUCCUGGGAACCUCUCGUGCCUUCGGCUUCUACAUUGACGUAAUCUGCCAGCUCUACAUUGGAACGAUCAUUAUAGCUUUCACGGUCUUCGAUGGUCUAGCCGUCGUUGGUAACAUCGGUCUGUCAAUCACGCAGAUUAUGGCGCUUACAAACAUGUUACAAUGGGGAAUCAGGCAGACGGCUGAGCUGGAGAGUCAAUUGACUUCCAUAGAGAGAAUUAUUGAGUACAGUCGUUUAGAAGAGGAACCGAUGAUCGACAGCAAGUCAGAGGCCAAGCCGCCAGACAACUGGCCGACCAAGGGCCUCGUAGAAUUUAAGAACGUUAGUUUAAAAUACAAUAGCCAAGGCGCCUGCAUCCUCAGCAACGUUAGCUUCGUCGUUAUGCCGGAAGAGAAGAUCGGUAUUGUCGGCAGAACCGGCGCGGGGAAGUCGUCUCUGAUCAACGCUCUCUUCCGUCUGGCCUGCGUGGAGGGUGAGGUCCUCAUAGACGGUUUGCCCACCGGCGCGAUCGCCCUACACGACUUCCGUUCGAAGAUCAGCAUUAUCCCUCAGGAGCCGUUCCUGUUCACCGGCAGUCUGCGGCAGAAUCUCGAUCCUUUCGAUCAGUACUCGGACGCCGCGCUGUGGCAGGCUCUCCAGGACGUCGAGCUGAAGGAGACAAUCUCUGAAAUGGCUGCAGGAUUGAAUACGAAGGUGUCUGACGAAGGGUCAAACUUUAGCGUCGGCCAGAAACAAUUGUUGUGCCUCGCGCGCGCUAUUAUCAAGAAUAAUCGAAUUAUGGUGCUGGACGAAGCGACUGCCAACAUCGAUCCCUACACGGAUUCCCUCAUACAAAAGACAGUUAGAACGAAAUUUAUAAAUUGUACUGUGUUUACCAUAGCUCAUAGAUUAAAUACUAUUAUGGACAGCGAUAGAAUAUUUGUAAUAGACGGUGGACAUCUUGUGGAAUUUGAUCACCCAUAUAUCCUUUUACGACAAAAAGGAUAUUUCUAUAAUAUCGUACAGCAGACUGGUACUGCAAUGGCCAAAAAUCUUAUUGAUAUAGCCUCAAAAAAUUUCUAUAAAAAGGAUAGGUCGCCUUCUAGAUAAUUUUCAAUGCGAUUGUGCGAUAUGCCAAAGUAUUAGCACAGUAUUAAGCUUUGUGUAAUUUAAUAAUAAUACAUAUAUAAUCUGUUAUGUAAUAUACACAUUUUAUAUUAGGUAUUUCUAAAAAAUAUUUCUCUGUCACUUUCUCUUGUAAUUUACACAAAUUCCGUCUUUUAUAUGGUAUUUAUAUUGCAUUUUCAAAUGUUACGUUCAGCUCCCAAAAGAUUUAA